UGCGGGCUAUAACUCUGUAAGUAACACAGGAGAGCCAUUAGGAUCACGAGAUUCAUAAAAGUCUAGUGUAUAAAUGUGAACUAAAAUUAGCUAACAUAGUUCACAUAACCAAUCAAUAGUCAAUUUGAGAAUUUGCCACUUCAUUUGUUGCCAUUUUAGAAUUCUAGCCCAUGCCUCACUUGCAUGUAUCCCUUCUCAGAUGUUAGUGAGACCUUCAGUGUAAAAUCUUCAAUUAACAACGAAUUGAUUGGCAAAUUCUUUAAGUCCUUGUUAGCAGUUGAUAGCAAGGAAUUAGAGGAGGAAAAGAAAAUGCACAUGGCUUCCAAAUUGUCAUUGGACCUGCUGUAUUCUUGUCCAAUGAAAUAUUCCCAUUAAUAGUCGCGUGCUUCAAAAGGGAUCAUAUUCUAAGAUAAUAAUUCUGUCAAGUUGCUAGAAUACUAGCUGAAUCCCACCUUGCCAAAUGCUGCUGGUUGAAAUGAAUAGCAAAAGAAUCUCAACAUUAAAUCACUGUGUAGAAAGAAAUGCCAUGAAUAGUCACAAAGAACUAGGAUUCUCUCCCUUUCUAUCCUCUCUACUCCUCCAAUAACAUCACUUUCCAAUGCUUUCCUCCCUCUAUUUUUAUAGUUGCCUUACCUCUGAGAUAUCCAAAAUAAAAUAAUAGAGAAGGCAAGCAAACAUUAAGAAAAGAUUGGUGGAGAGGAGAUGGACUGAAAAGUGUAGGGAAAAGGCAAAGAAGGCUUCUUCUCUUGCGAGGACAAUCCAUCAAUUCUAGCCUUCCCCUCGUCAAUAUGAGUUCUUGAUGCGCUUCGUAGUUCAGGAGUUUGGGAAGUUUUGUCCUAAUUGCGAUCUUGUGAGGUUUUGCUAUUUAGUGGUGAUAGUUGUCCAUAUGUUCAUGCUUCUGGCCAUCAUGGGAAUUUGGUCACCUAGUUCUUGAGUUGUUGAAGUGCUUUUGGCACUUUUCUCCAACUUGCACAGUUAAACCAUAGGAGGAGAGUUUUCUUGGCACAUUUUGUGACUAUGGAUGAUGAAGUUCACCUACCAAUUCCAAGCCACCUUCUGUUUUCACAUCCCGAGAUCUCCCAUGGCUUUGAUGAACUCCUAAAGAACACAACUACGUGUACUCACUCACACACUUGCAAUCCACCGGGUCCAUCAGUUGCUAUGCAUACUCACACAUGCCUCCACACACACAUUCAAGUCAUGGCUUCUGGUGAAAACAAUGUUGAAGAGGAGCUGAGAAAGACCCGUAAGCCUCUGGGAAAUAGAGAAGCAGUGCGCAAGUACCGAGAGAAGAAGAAAGCGCAUGCAGCUUUCUUGGAGGAGGAAGUCAAGAAACUUCGCACCACAAAUCAGCAGCUCUUGAGGAGAUUGCAGGGGCAUAUAUCACUCGAGGCUGAGGUGGUGAGGUUAAGAGCCCUUUUGUUUGAUAUCCGAGGCAAGAUUGAUGCAGAGAUUGGUACUUUCCCCUUUCAGAAGCAGUGCAGUUUUGGUUCUGUUACUUGUACAGACCAUUCUCCGUGCUUUAACACUAGCACUGAGGUAGCAGUCCGGGAAGAGAGCUCUAGACCAACAAUUGUGGAUUGCGGGAUUGAUGGAACUGGCAUUAUUUCGCACGAGCUUGAUAUUCCCAAAAUGGUGAAUUCAGUGGAUGUCAUUCCAAGCUUUGUGAAUUCUGCCUCAUUGACUGAAUGAAACUAUCAAGUUCCUCAUAAGUUCUCCAUGCUAGCUCCGGUUGCUUGAUGUUGCGACCUUGUGGGUAAUAGCUUUCCGUUGUUAUAGCCUGCUCGAAUAAAAUGGUGGCUAUGAUACGAGUAAAAGUCUAAAAUUAGUCUACCAAUGCAGAUGUUACUGACUGUAAGUGUUGGGUACUUAUGAUUUAUUAUGAAGUGUGAUAUGUGCUGUACUGUAUGAUAGUAUUAGAAGAGGCCAAUAGUCAGUAUGCCAAAAUGUGGUUUACGUUCUGCAGAAUACUGCAAGCGUCAAGACGAGCUGAACUUUAUUCCUGAUGUUGGUUUCUCUUGCUAGAACUAUUUUCGCCAGAUACUAAUACUAAUAUAUCUUUUCAGGUAGCUGUUAUAA